AGUCUCCUCCGUGCGCGACCCACAUUCGAGAUUUUGCCGGGGACCACAGUCUUUGUCGUCAAAUCUUUGCCGUCAUCUUCAAGAAGAACCACAGUCUGCAAGGAUGGAGAAAGAGAAAGAGCACGCAUCUCCUACAACACCUCCUACCACAGAUCCAUCAACAAAUCCAUCGACUCAGGUGAGACCAAUGUCCUUUUAUCCGGAUUUCUCAAGCUAUAUGCAUGAGGGUCAUGCACCAAUGCCACAUGCUUCCUUACCUCGUCCCGAUGCCAACCCAUCUCCAUGGACUUGUCAGGGAAAUCUUACAUCUGGAUUUCAGUCAUCAGUUAGCUCUCUGAUUGGUUUAAACUCUACAAGCUUAAGCCAUGAGGAACCCAAUCAAGAGCCAACACCUGACUCGGGGGAGGUUGAGACUUUAUGUACGCCCUCUAAAUCCAAAGAUGACGAUGAGUCUAGGACACAAAAUACAGUGCAUACUGAGGGAGCCGAUAUCAUUGAGGAGCCGAAGUUGGGGAUGGUGUUUAAAUCUGAAGAAGAGUUAGUUUCUUAUUAUAAAAGAUAUGGGAAACAAUGUGGUUUUGGGAUAAUGACACAAAGGAGUCAUAGGUUUGAGGAUGGGAGGCUCAGAUAUGUCACGCUGGGUUGUGCUCGUGGUGGAAAGGCGCGGAACCGGACGUCAAAUGUCGCGAGGCCACGUCCGACAUCAAAGACAGACUGUAAGGCAAAGAUAAAUGCUACGUUCAUUGAAGGGGUGUUGAAGGUAUUGACUGUUCACAAUUCCCACAAUCAUGGCCUAAGUCCACAAAAGUCGAGGUUCUUUCGUUGCAAUAGAGAAGUGAGCGAGUCUGUUAAGAGAGUGUUAGAUACAAAUGAUCAGGCUGACAUCAGAAUGAACAAGAGUUUCGCCUCUCUUGUGCAAGAAGCGGGUGGGUUUGAGAACUUGCCAUUCAGUGAAAAUGACUGUCGUAAUUACAUUGACAAAGCACGCUACCUUCAACUUGGGAAAGGUGGCGCUGGAGCCCUCUGUGAGUAUUUUGCUAGGAUGCAAUACAAGAAUGAUGGAUUCUUUUCACUAAUGGAUAUGGAUGAUGAUGGAAGGUUAAAGAAUGUUUUCUGGGCAGAUGCACGAAGUAGGGCAGCCUACAAAUAUUUUGGUGAUGUCGUCACAUUCGACACCACAUAUUUGACAAACAAGUAUGAGAUGCCGUUUGCACUAUUUGUUGGUGUAAACCACUAUGGCCAGUCAAUCCUUUUGGGGGCAGGAUUGAUUUCUAGUGAAGAUACAGAAACGUUUACAUGGUUGUUUCAGACUUGGUUGAAUUGUAUGGGUGGUGAAGCUCCGAAAGCUAUUAUCACAGAUCAAGAUAGAGCUAUAAAAAAUGCGAUUGCGCUCAUCUUUCCAAAUAGCCGACACAGAUUUUGCUUAUGGCACAUACUGAAAAAAGUAUCUGAAAAACUUGGUUCACAUGGUGCAUACAAAACUGGGUUGAAAAGUCAUUUGCUAAAGUGUGUGUAUGACUCUCAAACAAUAGAGGAGUUUGAGAAAUGUUGGGAAGUGUUAAUUACAACAUACAACUUGCAGGAUAAUGCUUGGUUGCAGAGUUUAUAUGCUGAGCGUAUGUAUUGGGUACCAGUAUUCCUAAAAGAAAUUUUCUGGGCUGGAAUGAGUAUAACCCAACGAAGCGAAAGCAUGAAUGCUUUCUUUGACGGCUAUGUUCAUGCUAGGACAAACUUAAAAGAGUUUGUCAAUCAGUUCGAUAAUAUUUUGAGGAAAAAGAUUGAGAAUGAAAAUGAGGCAGAUUUCCACUCAUUUAACGUCACAAUUCCUGUCAUCUCUGUCUCUCCACUUGAAAAGAUAUUUCAAGAUAUAUACACUAACUCUAAAUUUAGAGAAGUUCAGAAAGAAGUAGUGGGGAUGCUUGGUUGUCUUCCAACUCUACACAGUCAGGAUGGUGUAAUUGCAACGUACCAUGUAGAAGAUGAAGUCUGUGUUGAUGAUCUCAUCAAGGAGGUGACCCAAAAUGUGUACUUUAAUGAGGCUAAAUGCGAGGUGAAAUGCUCAUGCUCCUUGUUCGAGAUGAGAGGGAUAUUGUGUAGACAUGUAUUAGCCAUUAUGAGAGUUAAAAAAGUCCGUACAGUGCCAGAAAAGUACAUAUUAGAUCGAUGGAGGAAGGACAUAAAAAGGACAUAUACUCUACAAAGUAGUUAUGAUGUAGUUGAUGUGAGGCCAAAAGUGAGUAGAUAUUCACGUAUUAUGAAGGUAUGUUACGACGUUGCCACAAAUGCAGCAUCAUGUGAUGAGCAUGCUGAGGAUAUGAUAGAUAAAUUAUAUGCAAUGAAUGAAGUUUAUCGCACCAACAAGUCGCCCCAUCAAACUUGUUCCAACGUUGCAGUUAUAUUGGGUUGAAAGUGUAAUUGAUCGUGUUUAAUUACUUUACGCUCAAGUAUGGAGUUACAAUUUUAACUAUUAGAUUAUGUUCACAAAUGCAACUUGGGGAUGGGACACAACCAGAGCUGUAGAUGGGGAAUCUGGUUUUCAAUCCCAAUGAUAAUGUUCAUAUGGAGCUUUUCUUUGGACUACAGAAAUAAUGAUGUUGAACCGAGGGUGGGAUUGGACAGCAUUGUGGACACAUGCAGGAUUGAAGAUUUAUGGAAAUAUUUUCAUUUGAUGGUUUUGUCUUUUGUUGGUGUAUUUGUUUACACUCAAGUUACAGUAGUACAAUACAUUGUUUAUGUUUAAGUUUGGAAACUGAAUUGGUGUAUUUCAUUCUACGGUUGAGAUUUUAAGUUGUAAGUGUUAAUUAAUAUUUGUGAAGUAGGAAGUAUGUUACAGGUAUAUGCAAUGGAAUGAGAUGCUGCUUGGGCAGCCCAAACUAUAUUUUGUUAAAAUUAAAUCAGGGACUUGAAUGAGGUUCUGAUUAUAUGAAAGGGUGCAGGAAUUUUCCAUGUAA